UGUGCUUGGUCCAGAAGGGCUUGCGUUGAACCAGAUAACUGACGGAGAAGUUGUAGGCGCACUCUAAAAAUCAGAAAGUAUUUCCAGAAAUUUCAGCGAGUGACUACAAUUGGUCUCAGAGGACUUUUGAUUGUAACUGACAUUUUUGGAAGCAGACAGCAAGUGUUCUUUAAAGGAGAAUUCAGAAGAAGGACGUCAAAAAGAUGACACCAAUCAGAGUGGUUUUAUCAGUGCUGCUGCUGGUACUGAUGCAGUCCGGAGCUCUUUGCGCACGGAGGUUUCGGGGUGGCCGCAACCCACAACCGCGACGCUCACCGCCUCCUCCCACAUACCGGGCGGACCGGGGUGACACCACGGAGAGCUUCCCUCUGGAUUUCACCGCGGUGGAGGACAACAUGGAUAACUUCAUGACACAAGUGAAGAACCUUGCGCAGUCCCUCUACCCGUGUUCGGCGCAAAAGCUUGACUACGACAUGAAGCUGAACUUUUUGGAGAAUACAUCAGUCACCUGCAACGACGGCAGUCCUGCGGGGUACUACCUGAAAGAAUCUCGAGGCAGCAGACGGUGGUUGAUAUUCUUAGAAGGAGGCUGGUACUGCUUCAAUAAGGAGAAUUGCGAUAGCCGAUAUGAGACCAUGAGAAGGUUAAUGAGCUCCUCCAAGUGGCCCCAAACUAAAACAGGCACAGGGAUCCUGUCUCCACUCCCUGAGGAAAACCCUCACUGGUGGAAUGCCAACAUGGUGUUUGUCCCAUAUUGCUCCAGUGAUGUUUGGAGCGGCGCCACAGCCAAAACAGAGCAAAGUGGUUAUGCCUUCAUGGGCUCACUCAUUAUUCAGGAGGUUGUGAAGGACCUGCUGAAAAAAGGUCUGGACAAUGCCAAGGUCCUCCUGUUAGCAGGAAGCAGUGCGGGCGGCACUGGUGUUCUUCUGAAUGUGGACCAUGUAGCAGAGCUCUUGGAGGGACUGGGCCACACUGGGAUACAAGUACGAGGCCUCUCUGAUUCUGGAUGGUUCCUGGACAACAAGCAGUACCACUGCACUGACUGUGUGGACACUGCCAGCUGUGCCCCCACUGAGACCAUCAAGAGAGGCAUCAAGUACUGGGGAGGGGUGGUACCAGAGCGGUGCAAACAAGCCCAUGAAGGAGAGGAGUGGAACUGCUUUUUUGGAUAUAGAGUCUUCCCAUCUAUAAAAAGCCCUGUCUUUGUGGUCCAGUGGCUGUUUGAUGAGGCUCAGUUGACAGUGGACAACAUUCAGCUGACAGGUCAGCCUGUGCAGGAGGGCCAGUGGCGCUACAUCCAAAACCUGGGCAUUGAGCUGAGAAACACACUCAAAGAUGUCCCGGCUAUGUUUGCUCCAGCAUGCUUAUCACAUGAAGUUAUCACCAGAAACUAUUGGAUUGAUGUGCAGGUUAAAGGCACCUCCUUGCCCAGAGCACUGCACUGCUGGGACCGCAGCCUACAUGACAACAGGAACAACAAGGCUCCACCUAAAGCCUGCCCUGUGCAUCUGAUUGACAGCUGCCCGUGGCCACACUGCAACCCCACCUGCCCCACCAUCCGAGAUCAGUUCACAGGGCAGGAGAUGAAUGUCAUUCAGUUCCUCAUGCACAUGGGCUUUGAUGUGCAGAAAAUGGCCCAGCAGCAGGGCAUGGACCCCAGCAAGCUACUGGGCAUGCUCAGUAGCGGCAGCUAAAGGGACACAAAUGUACACACAUUAUCUCAAAGGUAAACUAAGCAGAGCUGGCUGGCUGGUCUCUUUGGCCAGUCUCUCAUGCCUGAUACCUCCAACUACCCAUCCAGCUUCACAACCCAUUCUACCUAUAAUGAAUUUCCUCUGACCUCCUGUUUACUUUACUCCAAACCUCAGUCAGUGCAGGGACUCAGACUUUGUCCCACAAUCCCUUUCCUCACAUCUGGUGACAAGUACUAAGGCAAUAUGCCACAAUAACAAGGCACAACUCUUUGCUACUCUCCAUUUAAUUAUAUUUUACUUCGUAAAAGAAAAUAUCAUGAAUGUAAUCCAGUUUUAAGGAUGCUCACUGAUGUUUUGUUACUAAGUUUAUCCUUCCAUAUAGAUUAAAUUUAGUCAUUGUCUCUAUGACAUAGGGAUGCUGUCUUUGUUAAGUAGCCAUUAUAAGAUCUUUAUCAAUGCAGUUGUGUCCAAGCAUUUUUUUUUUCUUUUGUAAUUGGAAAUCUCAUAACAAAAUAACUGACAUAAGGCAGAAACAAGAAAAUAUGAUAAAUGCUGAUCAGGAAGGAAACAUUUUAAUUUACCUCUUUAAAAAAAAGAGCACUAGAAAGAGACAUCUGACACUGAACCUCAUAGCAUAAGACUGUCAAUUAGAUUGCCCUGUUUAAGCUAAACAGACACAUACCAGUUUUUUUUUUUUUAAUUGCUAAUGAAAGUAAUAAGACAAAAUGUCCAUAUAGAGGUAACUCUUAUUCCUGACAGUGUCUAAACUGAACUGGAAUAUUUUUACUCUCAAAAUGUGCAAAGUCCUUUAACGAUGCUAACUGUGGUGCUAAAGUAGCCCUGGAAUCACUUUACUGUCUAUACAUAGCUAUACAUACACCACAGUGCCAUUACAUCUAAGCUAUACCUCUUCCACACAGGCCGCAUCAGCAUGACAGGACUGUUCAAACACACUCAUGUUAGCUCGCCUCAGUAGCUCAGCAAUCCUCAAAUCAAUGCAAUGAACAUUUAAAGGGAGACAAAUAUUGUGUAUUAUAUUUUUUUUGAGUAUAUGUAUAGGCUCUUUCAAGUGUUCACCAUUGUAACUCCCUUCUUAUAUUUUCUCAUAGAGAUCACUUUUUAAUAUAAUGUCAAUGUUGUAUGUAAUGAUGUCUUUAUAAAUGAUGCUUUUAAAGGGCCUCUAUUUCGCAUCACACCAGAAAAGGAAAAGUAUUACUAAUUGUAAUUUUAUUCUGUAACAUAUUUUUUAACAGAAAAAAAAAAAACUCAAGCUACAUUGGUAAUUUACAUAUUUAUUUUGUUAUGUAAAUCAUAUUUAUA